AUGCGCCCUCUGUCUGUGUCCAUCCCAUCGCACCGAUCCGAGCACAGCCAUGUGGAGAAGGGCUUCACGGUCUUCAAAAUAGAAGUUCUGAUAAACGGCCGGCAGCACACGAUUGAGAAGCGCUACAGUGAAUUCCACACGUUGCACAAGUCGUUGAAGAAGAGCAUUCGACCUCCUGACAUCCCGUCCAAACAUGUCAGAAACUGGGUCCCCAAAGUCCUGGAGCAGAGGAGGCAGGGGCUGGAACACUACCUACAGACCAUAAUAAUGGAAAAUGAGAUGCUUCCAAAAAUAUUUCUGGAUUUCCUGAACAUCCGCCAUUUUCCUUCGGUGCCGAAAACUGAGAGCUGUGGGUCAUUGGAUUCCAUUUCUGAAGGAUCAAGUAAACUUUCACACCAGCCGGUCAUGUUGUUUUUGAGGGACCCCUACCUGCUUCCCUCCAGCCACGAUGUUUAUUCAAACAUGGUGAUUGAAGGCGUUAUCCAUGGGAUCUUCUGCCCUGAGCGUCAGAUGAGUCAGUCCCAGCGGAAGGUCGGGUCUUGGACUUUGAGUAGUGAUUCAGCAGCAGAAACACACAGUGCUGAACAGUGGUGCUGGAGCAAACACUCAAACAUACGCACUUUACAAAGAGGGAAUCUCUGCAGCUUCUAA